UUUAACUGCGGGCGCUGUUAUCAAAGCGAGGCUGAGCGCUAAUGUUGCCAUGGAUAUUAUGUAAACUCUGAGCGAUUUCAGGUUGUUUCCAGCUGGUAAACAGUGUACUAUUGAACGGAGCGAACGAUCAUGACGGAGAAUCAUCCAAACCCGCUUGCUUUCAUUCCUGACUAUGUGGAGAGAAAAGGAUCUCUCUUCUUACGGUCUGAUCACAUGGAUUAUGGCAGACCAACUCUUGUGUCCAACUGGCAUCAAGCAAGGGAAGCUGAGCCCAAAGAAUAUGACAUCAAAGAUUACCAGCCCGAAAAGAGGAACCUUCACAACUCCACAUACCAUCGCAUUGGAAAUGUCACAGAUGGGUCUUUACCUGAUACAACCAGUCAUGACCAAAUGGAACAAGCAGUGAAGCUUAAAAGUGACUUUGAAACAAGAGAAACAAGACGGCAGAUGGUAGACAUGAACACUUUUAAAAGCGUUAAUUUCCAAAGAGAUACUGGGGCACCUGAGAGAGGAUUUGGUAGUGUACUUCCAAGACAUCCACUUGACCAUGGAAAGAGGUACCUUGACACCACAUAUAGAGUGGAUUACGACUCCCCGUACCCAUAUCAAACACAAAAGACUCCUCCUCCAGAGCCCGAUCAGUCUGCACUUUGGCGGAAGUGCCACUCCCAGUUUACCGACGUGGACGACUACAGACGACACGGAACAAACACUUGGCACGAUGAGUCAGGAAUUUACGCUAACACAGCUGUACGAGAGCAUGUUUUACAACCCACAAAUCCCAUUCCAGAACGACUUGGCUAAUGUGUAUGAAGUUACUUAGGAGAUGUUUUAGACUUUUUUUAAUCAUGAUAAGCAAAGAUUUUAAUUAACAAUUUUUCUUUUUAAAAUUCACGUCUUCCCCUUUUCUCAUUGAAUUGAUAAACUGAAAAUAAAGUGCAUAU